GUUAUUCAUCAGGAUAUGUGUGUCUGUGUGUAAAACUGAUGAUGAAUACACUUAAAGAUAUAUAAAUAAACAACAACUUUGUUUUCUGUAGGCGCUUCCUUCAUCUUAAAGACAAUAGAGCUCGACGGCAAGAAGAUAAAGUUAGAGAUAUGGAAUACAUGUGGUCUUGAUUACUUCAUAAAAUGCAUGGCACCGCACUGCAAAGGAGCAAAGGGCUUCAUGGUUUUGUACGACAUCACAAAUGAGUAUUCUUUUGAAAAAAACCAAGGACUGGAAGAAAGCGAUGGAGGAACAUGCAUCAGCAGAUGUUGAGAAGAUGCUCCUUGGCAAUGAAUGUGACCUUGACAAAGACAGGAAGGUGUCCAAAGAGAGUGGAGAGAUGCUUACUCAGGAGUAUGGGAUCAAGUUCGAGGAGACCAGUGCAAAGUCCAGCAUUAAUGUGGAAAACGCAUUCUUGACUCUUGCCAGAGACAUGAAGUCAAAAUUUGUCUCAAAAAUGGAAACUGACUCGCAUCAGAGCAGCAGCACUGAAGUGCCUCAGAGAGAGACCAGCUGCAGCUUGUUCUGAGAAUCCAGUUUUUGUGGACAGACAGAUAGUGUGGACUGAGCUUUCUUACUGCACUUUUUCCGCUAUUAGUUUUACUUUUUUCUUUGGCUGAAUUAUAAAGCACUUUGGUAAGCUUUUAUUGUUUUUAUAUGCUAUUUAAACAGAAACAAUGACAUUAUAUGUAAAUUACCAUCAUUAUAUACACUCACCGGCCACUUUAUUAGGUACACCUG